CAAAACUCUUAUUAUUGUUUGCAUCGGCUGCGAUUUCUCUUUGCUUCUUGCUUUUGUUUUACCAUUCAUGUCCGAGAUCCAAUUUGUUCCACUCCCUGACAAUGAGUGGGCUCCUCCCAGGCCCACGCAAGCCCAGAGGCCGGUGCAACAACAGCAACAGCAACAGCAGCCGCUGCAUCCAUUCCGAAGACGAUCUAGUAAUGAUUAUUCUGUGGACUAUGGUCGUCAUUCACUCGACCGUUCUAGAAGACCCUUUUAUAACAGUACUACAUACACUCCUCAUCAAAACAUAAUUGAACGUGAAACAGUCCUUCAUCAGAGGACAUCGUAUCAUCGGUAUCCACAACCAACCGUACCACACCCUCGUAUCCUGGGACGUAUUGAUUUCAACAGUAGCAAAAGCUUUCACUUUAAUAAACGUCCUGCGACAGACUUUGAACACCCAAUGGGAUCCACACCGAGACAAGAGCGCAAUCCACCAGGAACUGGGAAAGCCGUAGGCGUGUGGAACGCUUUUAAUCCAAACUACACCCCUGAAGACUGGAAUAAUUUCAGCAAUAUCGAACAACAAAAAGUUGCUGCUGCACUUUCAGCCGAUCAAAAACGCGGAAGCGGAAAUGGCGUUGAACCAAAUGCAGGAAGAGCAGGCUCUAGAGCUUAUUAUAGUGAGCAACGCUCUCGUACGGCAGGACCUCAUAUAGAUAGGACAUCGAACGUUGACUCAUCAGACAGAUCGUUAUCAUCGUUAUCAUCUUCAUCCUCAUCCUCAUCAGCAUCAUCCUCAUCAGCAUCAUCCUUGUCGUCAUUAUCGUCAUUGUCGUCAACAGUGGAGGCUACAAAGGCAGGAAGGGUCCCUAUGCAGGGACAGGAACAGGAACAAACGCGAAAGGAAGCCCAAACAAAAGCCCAAACACAGAUACUAGGCUCCAGCCACAUUCAAUCACCUACUUCCUCAUCGUCCUCAGCAGCAUCGGCCCCAACGACAAGACUAGAGCCACCAUCUUCAUCAAUUCCAACUUCAUCAUCAUCCGUCAUGAUGGCCACACCAACAACAAUAGCGAAUGUUAAAACAUCUACAGUGGCCUUUGAAAAUAAUAGAGAGCAGAUCAUGGCCAAAUUAAUUGAUAUUGAACAUUCGGUACCUGAAAUGGCAAGCACAGUAUCUUCAAAGACUCUACCGGUCUUUGCAGUUCAAAUGCAUGAGAUUUCCCCGAUGCCGGAAACCAAAGGCACAGCAAAUUUGUUGGACCUAGAUUUCAGUUCUACUGAUACGAGCGUGGCUUGCGAAUCUCAGUCACUUCCUGCUGGACUCGCGGAUUUGGAGGGCAUUGACUUUGGGGCCUUUACUCUAUCCCAAGACAAAGACAAAAAAGACAGUGGCGUUGAUAUGAGAUUUGAAGGGCCAAGACAUGACAAUGAUAAAGUUUCAGAUAGGAUAUCUGACCAAGAGAAACAACAGCAUAGGCCCGAUGCUUCAGUAUCACUAAUCGAGCUUUUGGGUUCUGGCUCCAGUACCAAAUUAGAAGCACAUGUUCAGGCAUCCAAAAUUCUUGAUGACCUCAGCAGCAUCAACGAUACUUCAGACGGCGAUUACAGUAGUCAAGAUGAUGAUAGCGAUAGCGGAUCGGAUGACGAUGAUACCGACAGUGAUACUGACCAUUGGGUCAAUUUAGAUGACGCCAAAAUCCUUAUAGAGUGGAAGACGCUCGAUACUCUUAGAGCAGAAUUGGUGGCUGAAAACGUGUCGUGGGAUGAUCUCAUUGAUCUUCGCUGAUUUUUUUAUCUAUCACUCUUCUCUUUCCUCUUCAUUCUUAAUCUUCUCCUUUCUUUCUUUCUUGAUUGCUUUACUUGCACUGUACCAUAUACUGUAGUUUAUCAAAUUACGGAAUAAAACGAAAACGCCA